GGUCGCUCGUGUCCCUUUCUCAAUCACGAACAUCUUCAGAACUUGACGUGCCAGUCUCCGCUCAAUUCGCGGUUAAAUCGAUUGUCUCUCCUGUUCGACCAUCUUCAAAAUCACCAAAACCCUCCAAAAUGAAGCACCUCGCAGCUUAUCUCCUCCUUGGCCUCGGCGGCAACAGCGACCCAUCUGCGGACGACAUCAAGGGCGUCCUUUCCUCCGUCGGCAUUGACGCCGAUGAUGAGCGUCUUGACAAGCUGAUCGAAGAGUUGAAGGGCAAGGACAUCAAUGAGUUGAUCUCUGAAGGUUCUUCCAAACUCGCCUCGGUCCCAUCUGGUGGUGCCGGUGGUGCCGCCCCUGCUGCCGGCGGUGCUCCAGCUGCUGGUGGUGCUGCUGCCGCUGAAGAAGAGAAGCCUGCCGAGAAGGAGGAAGAGAAGGAGGAGUCUGAUGAGGAUAUGGGCUUCGGUCUAUUCGACUAAGCGGUGGAUUUUGCAGACCGUCAAGUCGAGAUUAUCUCUCUGUCCGAUGGUAUGCACCACGGUCGGAACGCGAUGGACUACUCAUGACUGCUGAAGACGGGGACGCGGCAGACUGAUUUAUUUCAACUGCAUGGUGAAUGAGCUCAGAGUCUAGAGUCUACUCGCGCAAAUUUUGAUACCCAAAUCAUGGCUAUCAAUGACAAUAUCAAACCGAAGUCCCAUCGCAAUAUCGUCUUUCCCAAGCAUAAGUUUUUCUUUGCAUAUCGAUGCAUUUCAACUGGGAGCCGGAAGAGCGCCUUGUUGCAUUCCAGUUCCAUCAUAUGAGUCAGGCUGUCAAU